GGGAGCCAUGGCCGCGUCGGCAGAUCCAAGCAAGUCGUCCCCCACGCCGAAUGGGAUUCCGCCCUCGGAAGCCGCCGGCGAUGCCAUGGACCCCUCGCACGCGUGCAGCAUUCUCAAGCAGCUCAAGGCGAUGUACGACCAAGGACAGCUGACAGACAUCGUGGUGGAAGUGGAUCAUGGGAAGACCUUCUCCUGUCACAGAAACGUUCUCGCUGCCAUCAGCCCCUACUUCAGAUCCAUGUUCACUAGCGGCCUUACAGAAAGUACUCAAAAAGAAGUUCGAAUAGUCGGUGUGGAAGCUGAAUCCAUGGAUUUAGUGUUGAACUAUGCCUACACCUCCAAAGUUGUUCUGACAGAGGCCAAUGUUCAGGCCCUGUUCACUGCAGCUAGCAUAUUCCAGAUUCCUUCCAUCCAGGACCAGUGUGCUAAAUACAUGAUCAGUCACUUGGACCCUCAGAAUUCUAUUGGGGUCUUCAUAUUUGCUGAUCAUUAUGGUCAUCAGGAGCUUGGAGAUCGAUCAAAGGAAUACAUUCGUAAAAAAUUUCUGUGUGUCACCAAAGAACAGGAGUUUCUCCAUUUGACGAAAGACCAACUGAUAAGCAUUCUAGACAGUGAUGAUUUAAAUGUAGACCGAGAAGAACAUGUCUAUGAAAGCAUUGUAAGGUGGUUUGAACAUGAACAGAAUGAAAGAAAAGUGUACCUUCCAGAAAUUUUUGCCAAAUGCAUACGUUUUCCUCUGAUGGAAGAUACCUUUAUAGAGAAAAUUCCACCUCAGUUUGCACAGGCUAUAGCCAAAAGCUAUGUAGAAAGGGGACCAUCCAACACUAAUGGCUGUACACAAAGACUUGGAAUGACUGCAUCUGAAAUGAUCAUAUGUUUUGAUGCUGCCCACAAACACUCAGGAAAGAAGCAAACAGUGCCUUGUCUAGAUAUAGUCACAGGAAGAGUGUUUAAACUAUGCAAACCGCCAAAUGAUCUAAGAGAAGUUGGGAUUCUUGUGUCACCAGAUAAUGACAUUUACAUUGCAGGAGGGUAUAGGCCAAGCAGCAGUGAGGUUUCCAUUGACCAUAAGGCAGAAAAUGAUUUCUGGAUGUAUGACCAUUCCACCAAUAGAUGGCUACCCAAACCAUCCUUGCUGCGAGCCAGAAUAGGCUGCAAACUGGUAUAUUGCUGUAGUAAAAUGUAUGCAAUAGGAGGCCGUGUUUAUGAAGGUGAUGGGAGGAACUCACUCAAGUCUGUUGAGUGCUACGAUAGCAGAGAGAAUUGCUGGACAACGGUUUGCGCAAUGCCUGUUGCCAUGGAGUUUCAUAAUGCUGUAGAGUACAAGGAGAAGAUCUAUGUUUUACAAGGAGAAUUUUUCCUCUUCUAUGAGCCUCAAAAAGACUACUGGGGCUUUUUAACCCCCAUGACUGUGCCUAGAAUCCAGGGCUUAGCAGCUGUAUACAAGGAUUCUAUCUACUACAUUGCUGGAACCUGUGGAAAUCAUCAGCGGAUGUUUACUGUAGAAGCCUAUGACAUUGAGCUAAAUAAGUGGACUCGCAAGAAGGACUUUCCAUGUGAUGAGUCCAUAAAUCCCUAUCUUAAACUGGUACUUUUCCAAAAUAAACUUCAUUUAUUUGUUCGAGCUACGCAAGUGACCGUUGAAGAACAUGUCUUCAGAACCAGCAGAAAAAAUUCCCUUUACCGGUAUGAUGACAUCGCUGACCAGUGGUUGAAAGUAUAUGAAACCCCAGACCGUCUCUGGGACCUUGGCCGGCAUUUUGAAUGUGCCGUUGCUAAACUCUAUCCUCAGUGUCUUCAGAAAGUUCUUUAAUGAGUAGGAGGCCUUAGUUGCUCACUGGCAUCUUGUACUUGAGGAAACUUGGUCUUCAGUGAUGCAAGAUGUGCUGUCAGUAUUUAAGAAAGCUGAGAGAGUUUGUACAUGGAAAUGGGUGCUCCUAAAGAUUACAGUGUAGGAAGGGAUUUUUUUUCUCCAUUGUUGUGAAAUUUUCAUUUUUGUAAGCAAAGGUAACAAAGUGCAAUUAUCAGCAUUUUUUUUUCCUGGUUUAAAAGUAUCAUAUUACUCUAGAAUUUUGUGAUUAGUAGUCUCUGAGCUAUCAGAAGAAGACAACUAUGCACUCUUAGAAGAGCAUUAGGGUAUUAUUGGCUAGCGAUAUCCAAAUUAGUUUGAUGUGACUUUUUAUUUUAAAUACGGGUAAAAAUCUGAGGCAAUAUCACUAGGACUGCAGCUGUGACCUCUCUGACAUAGAGAAGCACUACUUAGAUCCUCAUUCUUAAUAAAUAGCUAUAUAGAGAGAUAGAUCUAUAUAUUUGUGUACUGUUUUCACGUGUUCUUGGAUUAAAACGUGUUCUUUUAUUAGAAUAGAUAGAAAGGAAAAACAAAGCAAUUUCAGAAAGGACAUUUGGUUUGAUUCUUAUGCCCCUCGCCCCAACCAUCCCCCCUCCGGUUUUAAGUUAAGCUGAGGUUUUAAAGUAGCGUUUUUUUGUUGAUAACUUUUUGAAGUGCUGACGCUGUUUCAUUUAAAAAAAAAUCCCCAAGGGCUCAAAUUCACAGGUGACUGGUGCUAGUUUAUGUGUAUAGCUAGAUAGAUGUAAAUUGUCCGAGCCUAUACUUCUCUUUUAUAUUGAUAUGCUAGUACUAGUUUUGUGGCCAUAGUUCUUCACUUAAUGAACUCUGGCUGUUUCACAAGGUCCUUUACUUCCGUGAUAGCAAGGUAUGGCCACUUACUGAUCUAACUGGAUUCAUUUUUUCACAUGGUGAGAAUAUUUUACUCAGUUUGCACUAACAUAGGCUGUUUUGUCUCCUCACAUUCUUUUCCAUCCCCUAUCUGUUGAGUCCUUAUUGGUACAAUGAAAGCAACUUAUUUCUCUUCUGCACAGAGCAUAAUGUGAAGUUUUACACCUGCUUUAAAAUUCUGUUUUCCAGAAACUCAAAACUCUUGCAGUGAUCUAAUUUAAUGGCUUUCAUAUUACAUGUGACAAUUCAAACCUCAUUUUUUUUUCAUUUUUGCACUUAACAAUGAUAAUAUUUUUAUGUUGACAACCUAAUCCUAGCUGAAGGUAAUUGAUAAGGAAAAGAGUGAAUAGAACCAUAGCAUUAUAGGUACUUACUGAUUUUCAUAUUUUACUGGUGAAUUUCUAAUAAUCACAAAAUGUUAAUGAAGUUCAAACAAACUCAUUUGUGAUACCUAAGGCAAGUAUUUGGGUUAAUAACUUACUUUUUACUAUGCUGAGGAUAAUUGAUAAAAGAUACGAGUAUAACCAAGAGUGUCUCCUCAGUGGUACAUUUUGAUUCUCUUAGAGAAAAGAAGCUAGCAUGGUUUGUAUUAAAACUCUUGCACAAAUUGUAAUGUAAUACUGUGAAACAAAUUUAAAACAUUGCCUCUUUGCAUCACAUACCUCGUUUUUUCAGAAACUUUCCAAACUUCUUGUCAUAGACCUCUUUAAGUAGGGAAUGUUUUCUGAAGCAGAAUUUAAAGUGGACAGCUUUUUAUAGAAUUAACAGCUUAAAAUCUAGUCUUAAGAACUAGAUAUGUGGUUUCUUCUUACUGGUGUUGAUAGUGUGGUUAUUAUCUCUUUACAAACUUUGUCAACCGGUGAUCUGUUCUCCCCACAUUUUCUGUUUCUUUAUCUUCAUGCUGUUUUAGGGAUGUUUCUGUAAUUUUCUUUUUUAUUUCAGCAUCAUUUCAGUGUUGUGUUGCAGAGGGGAGAAAAAAAAUAAUUCCGCUUUUGUGAAAUAUGUUCAUGUAAUUUCUUUUUGAAAGCUUUGUUGAAUAACUAAAAUUUCCUGUCGCUUUUUGACAAUCUAUAUUUAUUUAGAUAUAUGUAUUACUUGAAAACAUGACAUUAGAGCAUUGAGUUAGCAAGUUACACAUGCCGUAUAUUUGUAGAAGUACAACAUAUGGUGGUUAAUUCUACAGUAGAGGUUUGGUUGAUCUGCACAACAGUUGAUCCUUUUGCUCUAACAUUUUAUAUUGAGGGACUGACAAGUAUAGUGUGUCAAAGCCAAGGUUUAGAAUUUGCUAUAGUACUAACUAGACUAUAUAUUGAAUUUUGUAUGAAGAACUAUUUGCUUAAAUUAUAUAGCUGGAAUACUUUGCCACUUUUAAGUGAUUUCAGAAGAGUUCCUAGAAAGAUAAGAUUAGUAAUAUGUAUGGAUAUAUGUUCAGAUAUUUAAGGUACAUUUGCAUAGUGUGAUGAGAAUAUAAGCAGAAGGCACAAUGGGUACUACAGAAUUGAAAUACAUGUCUAACACAAAUGCCAGUCACUGUAACUUUGUUUUUUGCAUUUGAUGAAUGUAUGUAGCACUUUCCUAUGUAUUUUUAAUACAUUGAAACUGGACUUGCUAUAACUGUAUAGGAAAGUAGAAGUUGUAUUCUUUAUUUUCCAUCUUUGUUUACUGUUCUUACAAAGUUGAUGCUUAAGCAUCAAGCUUACUUCAUUGGUGCAUGAGAAAAAGUGGAUGUGAUCUGCAAGGAAUCAGAUUCCCUCUGUGAAUCAGUUCAAUGGCAUUCAAUGUUCAGUGCUCAGGUAUGUAGUAAAUACUGUAGUCCUGGGGGGGCAAAUGUAUAGCUAUAUUAAAACAUUUUGCCAUAAUUGCACAAUUUUUUGCAUUUUUAUGUGAUUGCAUUGUUUCUUAUAAUAAAGCCUUUUCUGAUUAGAAACAUC